UUGCGGUGGUGUUUAACCUAAUAUCAUCAUAUGUGGUUUUGUAUUGCUCGUGAAUGUAUUUGUAUCAAUUUAUUAUGAUAAAAUAACAGAAAUUGAUACUUUUUAAUACCGUAAACAUUUUUAAGGGAAAAAAAUAAAUAUCAACGACAACUCCACUCAAGAGAAAAAUUUUGCAGAAAAGAUGAGUUUAUUUGUUAUGAACAGAUAUGAGGGGGAAAGCAAGGAGGAAGUUAAAGAUCAUAUUGAUCAUCUUUCCAAUUUGUUAAAAAGGAUAGAGGAACGUAAAAGACAAAGGUCUAUAGAUAAUAAAUCCACAUUAGCAGAUGUAGAUAAAGGCAAUUUAGAAAAAGCCAAGAAAAAGGAGAAAAGAGAUAAACAUUUACCUGAAGAAGAGAAAAGUGAUAAUCUAUGUAUCGAAGACAAGGACAAGAACAAUGAGGAAAUUAAUGAACAUUCUGUGGAAAAAGUAAAAGCACAGGUUAAAAGUAAAAAGAGGAAGGAAAAAACUAUUGAGAAUGAAGAUUCUCCAACUGAACACUUAGUAACACAAGAUCAGGAAUUGGAAAAAGGAAGUGAAAACUUUAAAGAUGAAGAUGACAACAAUGAGAAAAACAAAACAUCUUUGCAAAGCCAUUUUAUGAUAUUGGGAGCAAAACCCCAGAAGAAGCAACAUGCUGUCAAGCGAGUAUUACCAGAUUGGCUGGUACACCCUGAAGUUAUAUCAGCUGACUUAAGUAGCGGACCUAAUAUAGAUGAGUUACAUUCAAUCUUGGAUCCCAAACUGGUAGAAGCCUUAAAGGCCAAUGGUAUUGUUAAAUUAUUCCCAGUUCAAUCUAGUGUGAUAAAAUGGUUACAUUCAUGCAACAAGGACAGAAGAGUAGGUUGGUGGUUGAGAGACACUUGCGUAUCUGCUCCUACAGGCAGCGGCAAGACGUUGGCUUAUGUAUUGCCAAUUGUGCAGCAACUUCAGACACGAUUAGUGCCGAAAAUCCGCUGUCUGGUUGUUCUGCCAGUGCAAGAACUUGCUGCCCAAAUUCACAAAGUAAUGGUUACCUAUACGUCUCACACAAAUUUGAAGGUCGGCUUACUCUCUGGUAUUUCUUCAUUCGAACAAGAGCAAAGCAGUAUAAUCAAGAAAACUGCAAGGGGAAACUACCUAUCUACAGUGGACAUUGUAAUCGCGACACCUGGGCGUUUAAUUAGCCACAUAUUAAAGACACCAGGAUUCUCUUUGGAUUUCCUAAGGUUUCUCGUUAUCGACGAGGCCGACCGUACGACAGAAUGGUUACAGUACCUACCAGAAUUCCAUUCUCGGGCUCAUAGCUUAACGAUUGGAAAUGUGCACUCAAGCGAAAUCGCGCCAGCCCAGAAGCUGUUAUUCAGCGCUACCCUGUCGCAAGAUCCCGAGAAGCUAAGUCGGCUGGGGCUCUUCCAGCCUAUAUUAUUCACUACGGUCAUGGUGACAGGCAAAGACACCGAUGUGAAUCUGGAUAAGAUGACGGGCGAGUUUGCUGGACGUUACACGAGUCCGGGAGAAUUGACGGAACUCGCGGUGGAAUGCGCCGCCGAGUACAAGCCGCUUGCAUUGUAUCACCUCUUGACGAGGCACGACACGAUCUCCAAGACUCUAGUUUUUACGAAUUCUGGAGAUACCGCGCAUAGGCUGGCUCUCUUGAUCCGGUCUCUCCUGUCGGAACGGAAUGUCACCGUCGGGGAAUUAUCCGCUCAGCUCAUGCCGAAACAGCGCGAGAGCGUUCUCAGCAAAUUUGCAAGUGGAGAAACACACGUGUUGAUAAGUUCAGACGCGUUGGCUAGAGGCCUGGACAUCCCGGAAGUGCAGCUGGUUGUAUCUUACGACGUCCCGAAACACAUCAAGGGCUACAUACACAGAGCCGGCAGAACUGGGCGGGCGGGAAAGCCGGGGACUGCGGUGUCUGUCCUCACGGCGAGUCAGAUCGGGAUAUUCAAGCAGAUGUUAAAUGGCGCGCAUAAAGUCGUACCGGAUAUCGAGCGGAUGGAGCUGAGCGGCACUGCGGACGCGAUCGGCUAUCAGAGCCAUGUAGAGAAAUUGAAGGGGACUCUCGAGAAGGAGCGAAGCGACAAUUUGGAGCGAACGAAAGCGAUCAAACGAAGACGCGCGGCAAACGUAGCUAGACAAGAUGGAAAGACAGACUGACGUUUGGCAGCAGAGAUAGAAAUAAAAAGUGUACAUAACAAUC